AUGUCUCUAAUAGUCACGUUGCUUGUAAUGACAUUGGUUACUGGGUGUUGGAGUUCACCACAGCGGAGGAACUGGACUCCUCAGGCCAUCUUAUACCUAAAAGGAGCACAAGGACACCGCUCAGUGCUGCAACGCACCAGCAGAGAGGAAGGGGACACUUUUCAUAUAAUGACUCACAACCAACGCAGCAGUGAUGGACCUGGGUCGUCUUUGUCUUCCAUUCUUCUGGAGCUUCUGCAGCGAGCUGUGGCAGAAGGUAAACACACUGAAAGUCAUCACCAACACAUUCAACAGUCUUUUAAAGAUUUUUGUUCCACUUCUUUUAUGAAAAUCUAUUUUCUUCCUCAGGUAGAGGCAACCCAGAUGAUUACCCAGAUGAACAAGACCUGAUUUUGAACUAUUUGUGAAGAAUUUUUUUUUUUUUCUUUUCUUAUAUUUCUAAUUAUGUUUUCUUAUGCAUAUUCCUUGUCACUGUUUGAGUUUACUUGUAAUCAAAUGUGCUAAAUAAAUAAAUUCAC